AUGGCGGCGGGCCGCGGGGGCGGGCGGUGGCGGCGGCUCUGCGCCGGCCUGGCGGGGGUGGCGGUCGCGCUGCUCCUCGCCGCCGCCGCGCUCGCCCACGCCUCCGCCGCGGCGGGGGGCAGCGCCGGAGGGCCGCGGAGCCGCGUGCAGGUGCUGGGCGGCUCCAACUGGAGCCUGGUGCUGCAGGGCCAGUGGAUGGUGGAGUUCUAUGCUCCUUGGUGUCCAGCUUGUCAACAAAUUGAAUUGACAUGGGAGAGUUUUGCGAAGGAAAGUAAACAUCUAGAUAUCACUGUGGGAAAGGUGGAUGUCACUCAAGAACCAGGCUUGAGUGGUCGUUUCUUUGUCACAACACUUCCUACAAUUUACCAUGCAAAAGAUGGAGUAUUUCGCAGAUAUCGAGGCUCACGGACACUGGAGGAUCUUCAAGGUUAUGUUUUAGAGAGAAAAUGGGAAGCUGUGGAGCCGGUAGCAGGAUGGAAGUCUCCAUCUUCUAUAACGAUGCAUGGCAUGGCUGGACUCUUCCACCUCUCUGGGUGGAUCAGGCAAAUUCAUAACUACCUCACUGGCACUCUUGGAAUUCAUGUUUGGGUUUCCUACGCAGUCUUUGUCUUAGCAACCUUAUUGAUUGGCCUAAUCCUGGGUUUGAUGCUGGUUUUGAUUUCAGACUGCCUUUGCCCAUCCAAGUCAAGAUGCAGAGCUGAAACCUCUGAAGAAGUGAUUCAAAAGGAAAAUGUGGAGAAUGCAGCAUUAGAAGAACCAGAGGAGGCUGCAGAGCUUUCAGCAGAUGAUGUAGAAGAGACUGUGGAGGUAAAGGACCUCUCAGAUGGAGAAGAUGCAGCAAAUUCAAGUGCUGAUGACUUGGAAGAAGAUUUGGCACUUUCUAAAGAAUCAGAGGAAGAAGAAACAGAAGACUUAAGUGAACAACCUUUAGCAGAUUCAGAGACUGAAAGCUCAGUAAGACAGCGUAAAAGUCAGGUGGCUGAUAAUGGACUAUAGUUGUUUUGGUGGCAUAUUUUGUACGCUUGGACCAAAGAAGUAUCAGAACCUGCGUCUGAAACUGAAGCUUACGCUUGACCUGUCACUUGCGUUUACGCAGCGCCUCUGAUCUGUCAGUAGGCUUUUAUUUUUUUUCUAAUACUUGCUCAUUGACUCUAAUUUUAUAAGCACACACACUGUGUAUAUAAUUUUUGGCAUGACAAUCAGAAUGAGUAUAUUUUAUCUGUUUGAAGACGUCUUAAGAGAAAGGAGAUGUAACCAAAUCUCAGUCCAGUUGCUAUGAAAUGGUCAUAUAUACAUGUAUUCUUUUGUAGAUAAUGAUCUAAACAAGACUAGGAUUUCUAACUCUUAAGUAGUUUAGCAGAGCUGUGACUCUUCUGUCUGAAUGUUUAUUUUUUCCAAAUGCCACAGAAGCAUCAAACAUAUGAUACAGUAGUGAAAGAAGGCACCUUAGUCUUCUAUUAAAAAACAGACAAAAAGUAUAUUAUGGUUUAUCACUUUCUACUGAAGCACCUUUGUGUUGUUUUAUUCUUUCCUCCACUGCUUGUUUUGAAAGUAUAUUGUAAGAGUGAGGUUUGUGCUCUGAUUAGUGUGACUUCAAGAUUUUUCAGUUUUUAGUAAUUCAGAAAGCAUUCAAAAGAUCAAAACACUUGGUAAAUUCAGCUUAUUAGUAUGGGUGGUGGUUGUUUUUUAAACCCAAGCAGUUUGAAUCAUUGAAAACCUCAGGCCAAGAGAGAGUGGCAGCUAGAUGCUUAAAGUAUGCUUGAACCUCAGAGGUUUAAAGGAAACAAUUCUAGUGUGUUUAUGUGUUGGGGGGGACACUUUUGCCAAAGCAUGACCUCUUUUUCUUCAAGAGAUUGUAGCAAGAAGUAUUCAUUUUUCAGUAAGUUGUGUAUUUCUUGCCAAUACAAGCUAGUCAUGCAGUACAGUUCUGUUACUUCUAGCUCAGAAGAGUUUUGGCAGAACUUGAACUACUUGAAUUAUAAUUAACUGAAAAUACACAUAAGGUUUCACCUUUUUUCUACUCUCUGCCAUUAGAACGGAGGGAUAGGGGAAAUAGGAGGGAUAGGGAUAGUAAGAGGGGAGAAGCUUUUGGCUACUUUUAUCUGCUUAAAUAUGUAUUUAUUGAACUUCAUAAGAUGAAGAAAGCUUGUCAGGUAGACAGCAGUAGGCAUGGUUAGAAGGUGAUGUCAUUAAAGAUACCAGUGCUUUUCUCCUUUGGUUGAAUUGGUUAAUAUUAAAGGCUUAUUGUUGUUUAUAACCACCUCUCUUUAAGGUAAAGAAUACCUACAGUGAAAUUCUGUAUGCUCCCACUUUGUCAAUGUGUGUUCAUAUGAAUAAGGUGUGUCUUAGUGGUGAUUUUUAUAUUGCUUAACUUUGCUAGUCAGCAUGAAUCUCAUGUUGUUCUCCAAGAAUAAAGAUUGAUCAGAGAUGAAAUUAUAUUUUUCAUUAGAAGAGACAAGUAACAAGUACAAAAAUGUUUCCUCCCUGACCAAUAGAGCCAAUUUGUCUUGGAAAUUUUAAUGCGUAUGAAGAGCUUAUUUACUAGGGCAACUUGCGUUUUCCUGUGUGUGUCCUGUUACAUAGUGUGUCUUGGAACUAUGUGGUACGAACUUUGCAUUUGUCUGUUACAGCUGUGUAAAGAAAAUUACAAAAAAUUGAAUAUUUUUUAAGGAGUGUUCUCA